AUGUUCACUUCUGAACAAUGGAACAGAAGCAAGUUUUUAAAGUUGGAUGGAGGCAUGCCCACGACAAAUACUAUAUUUACAACUAACUUUUGGAAAAAUAUAGAUAUUGCAGUGAAAUUUGGUUGUCCGUUUUUAAGUGUGCUUCGGUUAGUUGAUCAUGAGAGAAAGCCUCCAAUGGGUUACAUAUAUGAGGCGAUGGAUAGAGAAAAAGAGACAAUUGAUCAGGCUUUCAAAAACAAAGAAGAUAAGUAUGAAAAAGUCUUCAAAAUCAUUUACAAAAGGUGGAAUUGCCAAUUGCAUCAACCUUUGCAUGCUGCUGGGCAUUACUUGAAUCCGGCCCUGUAUUAUGAAAAUACGAAUGUGGAAAAUGAUGAUGAAGUGAUGAGUGGAUUGAUUUUGUGUAUUCAUAAAUUAGCAUUGAACGAGGACAAGGAGAGAUGA